AGAGAGAGAGAGAGAGAGAGAGAGAGAGACUACCCAACCCUGGCAGAGCGUACAGGCGUCAGACGGCGGCCACAGCAUCCCGGUUACGCACCGUUCAGAGGCCUCAUCGACGGUUCGCAGCGCCAGAACAUCCGAAGACGGAGUGACACACAGCCGGGCACACGGCCACAGCUACAGUCAGUGAUGGAGAGCCUGCUGGAUAAUCCAAUGAAAGCCGUUCUUUACCUGAAGGAACUCACCACCAUCGUCCAGAACCAGCAAAGCCUGAUCCAGACGCAGCGCCAACGCAUCGACGAGCUCGAGCGGAAGGUGGAGGACCUGAUCGGAGAGAACCGGCAGCUUCGGGACCCUCACCACUACGUCCAGCAGCAGCCCGCUCAGCAUCACCACCACCACCACCCCCACCCUCCACAACAUCACUCGACCCACCGCAGCGCCAGUCCCCAAGCACCGGCCCACCUCCAUCAGCACCCGGGGAAAGCUGCGGCGCAUCUCGGCCAGCAGGCGCAGCAGCAGCAGGCGCAGCAGCAGCAGCAGCAGCAGCCGCCUCUACCGCAGCAUCCGCAGCAGAUUCCCGGGCUCUCCGCCCAGCCUCAGCAGCACCAGAGCGCCCCUGCGCCGUCCUCCCACCACCCGCAGCAGCUGCAGCUCGUGCCCACUUCGCCGCAGUCUCCUAAAGCGAGCCAAGGAAGCCCGGACUCCGGAGAGGAGGACAAGAGGAGUCCCUGCUGCAAGUCUCUGGUUCCGCAGACUCCGACCACGCUCUGCCGCUCCGUUGGACUGGCCAGGAAAGCGGACAACCAGACAGUGCUUCACCAGUUCUGCUGCCCUGCCCCUGAUGCCCCUGAGGGGGAAACCUCUACCGCCUGUGUCCCCAGCGAUGACCCUUCUCCAGAACCGUCUUUGGGGGAGGAAGGGAAGGGAGGAGAGGGGGAACUGCAGAGUGAGGUCCAGGCACAACCACAACAACAGCCGGAGCAACAGCCACAAGAGAUUCAGCCACCAACCCAACCGCCACAGCCCAAAUCUGAGCCUGAACCGCAGCCUGAAACCAAACCUGAGCCAGAACCUGAACCAAAACCACAACCUGCAACUGAGCCUAAGCCAGAGCCCAUACCUGAAUCUGAACCUGAACCUGAACCUGAACCUGAACCUGAACCUGAAUCUGAAUCUGAACCCGAACCCGAACCCGAACCCGAAGUUGAAUCUCCGAUUGAGGAAGCAGCACAAGAAGCCCCUGAAUCCCCUUUGCCUUGCAGACAGGACCCAACUGUGGUAGAGCAAGAGACCAAAAAGUCAGAGGAAGUUGUUGAGGAAAAGAGAAGACAAGAUGUCGACGAGACUCAGGCCAAUGUGACGCAGGAAGAAGAGGAGGAGGAAGGGGGAGGAGCUAAAGGAGGUGGGGCGGGGAGGAGAGCCAGCCUGCAUCACACUGCCUCUCCCUUGAGGGUGCAACGCAACGGGGCCGGCUCGCAUUCGGCCACUUCCGACUAUGAGCUCUCACUUGACCUCAAAAAUAAGCAGAUCGAAAUGUUAGAGCACAAAUACGGUGGCCACCUCAUCUCCCGUCGUGCUGCCUGCAAGAUCCAGACCGCCUUCCGCCAGUACCAGCUCAGCAAGAACUUCGAGAAGAUCCGCAAUUCGCUGCUGGAGAGUCGUCUACCUCGACGGAUCUCCCUGCGCAAGGUCCGUGUGCAAAACACAGAAGGUUUCUCUGCUGAACGGGCCCUGGCAGAAGGCUGCAACUUGGCAGGCAUCCCGCUGGUGCGCUCACCAUCUCUGCCUGCCACAGUUGGUGGCAACCUGACCGACCUCGAAGACUCUUUCACGGAACAGGUUCAGUCUCUAGCAAAGUCCAUAGACGACGCACUUAGCAACUGGAGUUUGAAGACAAUGUGUUCACUGCAAGAAGGCGGUACCUACCAGUUCAGUGCUGAUUCCUUCAGUGCAGCGGGAAUAGGAGGUGGAGGAGAAGGCGGUGGUGUGGGAGAAUCUACGAUGUCCCAAGGCACGCUGGACCCAAGUGACCUGUCGAGGAGUGCAAGCAAGCUGAUGAUGGCGUUCCGAGAUGUGACCGUGCAGAUUGACAGCCAGAAUAUCCGGGUUUCAUCCUCAGUCAUGGAAUCGUCAUCCGUCACCCUCGGCAGCUGCGUCCAACAAGAAGGACCCCACAGCACUGUCACAACUUCUUCCACAACAACAAACUCCACCCCAGCCUUUAAUCCUCUAUCCACCUCACAAGAACCCCCUCCUCCUCCUGCAGAAGCCCCAGUUGAACCUAUAGAUCCCCCUCCACCCCCACAAGAACCCCCACCUCCCCCAGAAUCACAACUAGAAGGAGAGGACCAGGAUCAGGAUGUUGAAUUCCCUGCUCCUCCUCCAAGUGAAGAGGAGCUAGAGGAUUUGCAACCUCCCCUAACCCCUCUUGAUAAGAUGGCCGCCCCUUUAUUUCCAGAGGGGAAUAUGAUGGCAGCACCACCACCCGCAGUACUCCCUCACGCCCCGCAACCACAGGAGGCUGUACUGCUGGGAAUCUCGCCUGUGGUGGAGCCACUAGAGGUCAAAAGGAGUGGCUCUGAGACAGCAGACAACAGCUCAGAGCAGAUGAGUAGCAGUAGCACAUCAACAGAGGCACGCUCCACAUCUGAAGCCUCAUCCAAGGAAGCACUGCAGGCCAUGAUCCUAAGCCUGCCACGCUACCACUGUGAGAACCCCGCUAGCUGUAAAUCACCCACUCUGUCCACUGACGUCAUGCGAAAACGCCUCUACCGCAUUGGCCUCAACCUCUUCAAUGUAAACCCUGACAAGGGCCUUCAGUUCCUGAUCUCUCGAGGCUUCAUACCAGACACACCUAUCGGCGUGGCCCACUUCCUGCUACAAAGAAAGGGUCUGAGUAGACAGAUGAUAGGAGAGUUCCUCGGAAACAGCAAGAAGCCCUUCAACAGAGAUGUCCUUGAUUGUGUGGUGGAUGAAAUGGAUUUCUCAGGCAUGGAGCUGGAUGAAGCACUGAGGAAGUUUCAGGCCCACAUUCGUGUCCAGGGAGAAGCCCAGAAGGUGGAACGUCUUAUCGAGGCCUUCAGUCAACGCUACUGCAUGUGCAAUCCUGACAUUGUGCAGCAGUUCCAUAACCCAGACACCAUCUUCAUCCUGGCCUUCGCCAUUAUUCUGCUCAACACUGACAUGUACAGUCCCAACAUCAAGCCUGACCGCAAGAUGAUGUUGGAGGACUUUAUACGCAAUCUGAGAGGCGUGGAUGACGGAGCAGACAUCCCAAGAGACAUGGUGGUGGGAAUCUAUGAGAGAAUACAACAGAGGGAGCUACGCUCUAACGAAGACCACGUCACCUACGUCUCCAAGGUUGAGCAGUCCAUUGUGGGCAUGAAAACGGUUUUGUCUGUCCCGCACAGAAGACUGGUGUGCUGCAGUCGACUGUUCGAGGUGACGGAUGUCAACAAGGCCCAGAAACAGGCAGCGCAUCAGAGAGAAGUCUUCCUUUUCAAUGAUCUCAUUGUGAUCUUGAAGCUUUGUCCAAAGAAGAAAAGUUCUGCAGCGUACACUUUCUGCAAAGCUAUGGGCCUACUUGGCAUGCAGUUUCACCUGUUUGAAAAUGAAUACUACCCUCACGGCAUCACCAUCCUCUCACCCUUCGGCUCAGACAAGAAGCAGGUACUAAACUUUUGCGCGCAAAGUGCCGAAGAGCUGCUCAAAUUUGUAGAAGACCUGAAGGAGUCAAUCGCGGAGGUGUCAGAGAUGGAGCAAAUACGCAUAGAGUGGGAGCUGGAGAAGCAGCAGGGAGCCAAGACUCACUCAGUGAAGAACAACGGCACACAGCUCGAGCUGCGCGGCAAACAGGGCUCCCCUUCAGGAAACCAAGAGAUAGAUGACAGAAGUGGACACAAUGCAGUAGAGGUGUCAAUUCACAACAGGCUUCAGACGUACCAGCUCAGCAGCAGCACGGCUCAGAGUCCCGAGAGCGUGGCCCUUCUUAACCACCGGGGGGAGCUGCUUUUUCAGCAGGUGCCCCAGGCUCUGACCCAGGGGCCCCCACCCCAACACCCGCAGCUGCAGUCUGCAGCGAGCACCCCUGCCCACCAUCUCCACCACCUCCACCACCAGCCUGCUGUCAGCAUGGCCGACCUGCGGCCCGAGACGCUCAUCCAGUGUCAGCAGAUCGUCAAGGUCUUCAUGCUCGACAACAGCGGCCACGGACGCAUGGAGGCCUUCCUCAGCCAGACGCCCACGCACCACCACUACCAGCACCACCAUCACCACCACCAACACCAACACCAGCUCAGUCAAUCGGCCAUGUCCACUCCAGUCCGUUCGCCGGACAGCUCCUAUGGCAAUGAUGGCCACCAGCCCCCGCUGCCUCCUCCGCCUCCGCCUUAUAACCACCCACACCAGUAUAUCCCACCUGACCCCCACCUCAGUCUACACCGGACCCCCAGUGGCUCUCGGAGCAUGGUGUAAAUAAAUGAAUUAGUAUCUUUCCUCCCAACACAGACAUGCCCACUCAAUUCCUCACAAAUCCACCCCCUUCUCUACUUAUUUAAAAGUACAUAAUGUACAUAUAUACAUACAGAGCUAUAAAAAAUAAAUCUCACUUAUAUGCAUAUAUUUAAGGAAAAAACAAACAAGGGAAUAAAGAUUUUAAAAGAGAUACGGAGAAAUAACGUGCAUAUAUAUAAAAUUCUACUUGAUUCCACAUGUAUUUUGAAAUAUUAUGUAGUUUUAACAAAUUUCUAUACUACUUUUUGUCAGUUUUAACUCUUGCUAGAGAAAUCACAUUAUCAGUUCCUGGAUGGAUGGAUUCCUCGUGGUCCCAUAAGUCAACGACAACAACAAUAACAACGAAAAUAUGUGAAUCAUACAACUUUUUUGUGGGGGAAUGUGAUGGAUGGACUCUCAAAGGAACUUUUCGCGCUUUUAUCGUCCCAAACCUCAUGCCUACUGUGCUAUAUGUGCGCCUGCGCGCAUAGCUGACACUUAACUGAAAACAUGUGCCAAAUACAUACACCUCCACUCAACACUGACUUCUUUGCACUUGACUUAACGCUAGGGCUAGAAGAAAAUAAAAAAAGUUAAAAACGUUGUUCUGCUUUGAGAAAAAAAUAGCCCCUUCAGGCUUCUCCCUCAAGGAGGAGCACAAAAAAGAAAACAAAUAGCAAAACUCUUAUUUCAUAAAAACCCAUGUUCCUGUUUGCGCUGUUGCCGAUUUAUUCACAUGAUAGAGAGCCUUCCUGUGGAUAGAAAAAAACAUCCUCUGAUAAGCUGUGUUUGUUCAUCAUCCUUCUCUUCUUUAAUGUUGUGGCUCUCUAUCAUUAGAAAACACUCAUGGAUCAUUCGACAGGAAAGAAAGGCUACCAAUCAUGUGGAUUGCUGCCACGCCAAAAGUCCGCCCAGAAAACUCCUGUUGAUUGUUGUCCACACAUCUCUGAUGACUCAAACCAGGAGCUAUUGCCACAUUUAUCCACUGAUAAAGCGGAAGUCGUUUUUUGAGAUUGUUUGAGCUGCUUUUUGACUUUUUGAGAAUAAUUCAGUAUCCAUUUGAAUCCUUUUUGAACAACACUGUGCUGUCUGCUGUUGUUUAAGAAAUGCUUCUUCGCUCUUACAGGAAACGGCCAUGAUAUUUCCAUGGGGAUUAUUCUGCCCACAGCUGUAAAAUGUCAAGAUCUGUGUUUAUUUUAAUAUUCCACUUUGGUGCGUUCCCCAUAAAAACAUCCAGACUUUAUGUCUUUAUGUCGGUACAACUCCCAGGUUUCCUCAAUCGUCCUAACCUUUCAGUGUGACAUUUUCAAGCCACACAAGCAGCUUCCAUUGCAAAUGCUGGCAUUAUUUAAUGGUAUUGUUUGUGCUGUUGGCUAGCCUGCUUUAAAUAAGAAUGGGACAAAAAGAAUGCAUUAUCUGAUCUCCUUUUUCUCUCACAGCCCAGCUUAAAAUGUAAAUACCACAUUUUGAGCGGCGUCAGAAAGGACAUGCAAGCUACCUUUAGCCCCGUCAAAAUGCUACUGUCCUUCAUUCUGAAAUAGGUCAGCCUGAGCGCGUCCAUCUUUAAAACAUAAGCCCCAGCAGGUAUUGUUGGAAUGGAUGUGCGGUUAACUCUGCUCCCAUCUGACCCCCAUCUGUCUGAUUUGUUGAUUUAUAAUCACACAGCCGCUGCGGGGAGGUCUCUAUCUCAUCUUUCUGUCCUUUUCCACUACGGAUUUCACCCUGUGGAGAGGCAGAGGGUGCAGAUAAAACAAUCAGCUGUUCUGGCUGAUGAGUAUGUGCGAGUGUGUUUGACCUUCUCAGAGCAGCAUCCAAACUUUGCUGUAAACAACGCCAACCUAAGCCCUACUGUUCAAACUGCAAUUUGUGUGUGUGUGUGUGUGUGUGUGUGUGUGUGUGUGUGUGUGUGUGUGUGUGUUAACACUAUGUUCAGGAAUUAGUGCUUUUUCAAUGAAAAUAUUUGCCAUAUGCUAACCUUAUGCUAACAAAUAGUACAGCAAUUGUAGGUUUUAAAUUGUUGGAUGAUGAUUGUAUGAUUUCUCAUUUGUUUGUUUUAACUUCCAGAUGUAUUGUGAUUAUUUUUUCUCAUGCAUGUAAUCUCUUUUCAGGCCUAUAGGAUCCUUAAUACCCCUGAUAUUUUGUGCAUGAAUGAGCAAAGAUUUUUUAUGCUUUAGUGAAACUGACAGUGAACACCUCUUGAAACUAGAGCUGGGCGAUAUUACAAAAGAUUAUAUCGCAGUAAUUUUUUUCAUAUUAGUCGAUAUCGAUAAGUAUCACAAUAAAAAAAUGUAUAUAUAGUAAAUUUAAAAGGCAGAUUUUUGCUCCGGCGUGAAAGUUGAAGACGGUUUAAGUCUUUUAUGUAAGAUUUUUGUGAAGUUUUAGUUUGUAGAUUCUAAUUUUUCUCCGGUUGAGAUGAUUUGCAUAAUCAGAAUUAUUUACCCACUUCCUGAAAUUUAUUUUAUUAAGUGUGUCUAACUCUGAGUCAGCAGUGUUAGAGUAACGACUCUGCUUUGAGCUGGUAGGUUUUGUGUUUCCUUCAGUGUCGCUGUCACUCGUUUCAGCUCUGUUUACAUUCCACUCCAAAUGUCUUUAGCCCUGCCUACCCGUUACCCUACGUCAUGAUUGGCUGUUCAAUGCCAUCUUCUUAUUCUUCUGUCUAACGUGGGUGGCAACUAGUAUUUAAGACACUUUAGCGCCCCUUCCCUUUCCAGUGGCUGGGGGGUGUAAUUACAGGUUUAAAUAUAUCAAACUUUUAUCGAACAUUUCUUAUAUUUAUAUUGAGAAAAAUUAUACCACAAUAAUUAUCGUUAUCGAAUUAUCGCCCAGCCCUACUUAAAACAGAUAAAUUGAUCUACAGUGGCAAAAAUUAGGUCAGACCAUCUCUGUCUCCCUGCCUUUCACUACCCUUUGUUUGUGUCUGCACAGUUUUUCCUACUUGACAAUGUGUUCCAGCGUUUUUCAAAGGAAGGAGGACAUGCUCUGUGUGCAAUUAAAGGAGUAUGAGGCACACUGAGUCUAUGUUUGAAAGGAAACCAAUGUAGCAUUCUGCAGCAUAAUGAUAUGAAAGUGGCUAACUUUCAUAAAGAAACUGAAAAAAAGGGCUCUGCCAUACCAGUGCACUGCAUCAUGAAUGACGUGUGAAUCUUUUGUCUGGCUCUACAACACUGUGUUUGCUCAUACUAGUUUAAAAAGUAACAAAAUAAGUGGACAGGUGAAGGGAAAGGUAGGUGGAAACUGAGUGUAACAGAUAUGAACCAUCACUUUCCUCAGUUGGCUUUGAUUCCCUAACUGUCUUCGCAGUAUAUCAACAUGCUAUUAAAGAUGAUUCAAGUCUAUUCAC